GAUUUAACACGGUAUUGAAUUAUCUCAAUAGUACUAUAGUAAAAAUGAUAAAAAAAUUUAAAGCAUUAGUGCAAAAGCGGUGUAAUACACUAGUGUUUACACGCAGGAUUUAUUAGUUUAAUGCCUGGAUGUAGGGAGAUUAUAUCGAGGACGAUAUUUGCCAAUAUUUCACUGCAGUAAUGACACAAGAAAUUUGUUCGGCUAAUAUAUACUAUAUACAUCGAGCAUGAUAGUUGCAAAAGCAUGUGGGACAUGUUUUUUUGUCGGUUAUUUGGAAUAAUAGGUGGUUUUUUAACGUACCUUUGUAUUGUACCUUUUUCAACAUAUUAAUUGAAUAGUUAUUUAAUUGUACUGCUUAUUUGGACAUUUACUAGAAAUCUGUGGAUUAAAUGAUAGCAGGUGUGGGUAUAGAACAGUAUAUUGGAUUGGUUCAUUUGAUCUCAUGAUGAAGUAACCAUAGCGAUAGGGAGUUACCACGGUAACCAGCGAUGAUGCUGGCCCUGGACGUGAACCUCCUCACCAACAAACUACAGAAGCAAAGCCUUGAGGAGGGGCCGACGGCAACGCCCAAUAUAAAACUGAUCAAUCAUGAAGCCGGGUUUAAGCUCAGCGAGUCGGCACAGGCUAAGCUUGGAGCUGGAGGGAAGAAGUUGUUCACAGUGUCGCUUGGUUCGGAUUCCGGUGCAAAGAGCAAAACGGGAGAAUUUACAGCACCACAGAUGCCAAAAAGCUCCGCUGUGACUAAAAUAAUGUGUUCUCAUAAAAAACAAAUGCAUCUUUGUUCUUUGUGUGAUAGUAGUGUUUUGAAUAACCAAGUUGUGUCAGAUAGACCUAAAAAACGACAUUGUCGUUCAAUCUCAGUACCACAGGAAACGGAGAUAAGUGUACCCCCAGCAAAGUCAACAUGGCAACCUCAGGGAUCAGGGCUGUGGAAGCCUGUUGCCAUGACAAUGAGAAACUCUUCAAGAGCAGGACUUGAUGGCAAGUGGGAUGUUCGUACUGUGCGAUGGUCACCAUCGGAUUGUAGGAAUUAUGAAUUUUCUAGUUUGGCGCCUUCUGUACAGAGGCACAUGGAAACUGGGCAUAUUACCCCAGAAGACUUUCUGACUCCACCUGAGUCCCCUGUGCCACGCCCGAACUCAGUGUAUAGUGAUGGAGCUAUUAGUCCUUUUACAAGUGACCCCUAUGCGGACUAUUCUUUAAAUUAUAAAGCCCACCAUAUCCAAGAGUUUAGAAACCGAAGUCUUUCAGUUGAGGACAAGAUCUCAUGUUCGGGUGUGACGCACACCGGAUCAACUGGUAAUGUUCACGGCACAAACAGUUCUGUGCCGUCCUCACCGCAUCACCGAUACAGAAUUCCACGAUGUCGGUCACAACCAUCUUUUUAUGACAGAAAGUCGGGACGUAGAAGACGUAGAGAUUGUCGUCCUACUUUGAACUUUAACAAAAUGACAGAGACUGCCUAUGGUCACCCCAGACGAUCUGAUUGCUUUUCAACUCCUAACAAAGAGAGACUGAGUUCAAGGUUUCAUGCAGAGCUGGAGAAUGCAAUGAGUCUGAUGCCCAUAGCAAGUUCACCUAGAGAUUCAGAAAUUCCAAUUAGUGGACAGUUACCAGUAAAACGUGGCAACAGUCCAAUACAUGAACUGGAAUCCAAUAUCCGUGAUAAUGUGUCAAUGAUCCCUGCAGCAGACGAAGAAACAGGGAAUUGUGGGCCAGUCAAGCUUCUGGGUGAGGAAGAUGGGGAUGAAACUGAUAUGGAAGUGUUCCAACUCACAGAAGAGCUUGAUUUGGAACAAAUUGAAAACCAUUGAUAUAUGUUUUAGGAUUUAAACAUAUGGCGUUGUCAAGGAUAUAGAUAUUGAUAUUUGUACAAAUAAAUGAUCAGUUUUUUCAUUGAUCAUUAAUCAUUCACUUGUUCAUAUUUUAGGCAGAUGUUUAACAAUUUUUUGUUGCUGGAUUGAUGAUAAAUAUUAUGAGUAUAUUUAUGUAAAACUGAUUUUAAAGUUCAAUGUUUUCUGCAAAAUACCAAUGGAGAGAAAGAUUUUUCUAAA